AUGAAGCUCCAGACGCUGACGGCGCUGCUGCUUUGCGUGUUCGCCACGCUUGCCGCCGCCUGGAGCAAGGAAGACCACGAAAUCUUCCGUCUCCGCGACGAAGUCAUUGCCAGCGAGGGCCCCGAUGCCACCUUCUACUCCUUCCUCGGCGUGAAGCCUCAAGCUAGCCAGGAUGAGAUCAACAAGGCCUACCGCAAGAAGUCGCGUCUGCUGCACCCCGACAAGGCCCGUCAACAGUACCUUGCAACCUACAGCAAGCCCGCCGCCAAAGACAAGCAGCAGGCCAAAAAGAAGCCCGGCGUAACGGUGCGCAAGCAGCCCACCCAGAAGGAAAUGCGUGCCUUUGACAAGGAGGCCUCCGCCCGUUUCGCCCGCCUGGGCAUUGUCGCCAACAUCCUGCGCGGCCCCAACCGCGAGCGCUACGACCACUUCAUGCGUAAUGGCUUCCCGGCUUGGCGCGGCACCGGCUACUACUACUCGCGCUUCCGCCCUGGCCUGGGCAGCGUGCUGUUGGGUCUGUUCAUGUUCUGCGGUGGUGCCGCCCACUACGGCGCCCUCUACCUGGGCUGGAAGCGCCAGCGCGACUUCGUCGGCCGCUACAUCCGUCACGCGCGCCGCAUGGCAUGGGGUGAUGAGCUUGGAAUCCAGGGCCUGCCUGGCGCUGGUGCGCUCGACGAGACCGCCGCCGCGACCACUCCUGGCACCGCCACGCCCCAGGAGCAGUCCGACGACCAGGGCCCACCCGUCGCUAUGAACAGACGCCAGAAGCGCAUGCAGGAGAAGGAGGCACGCCGUGAGGCUGGCAAGGGUGGCAGCAGCAAGGCCGCCAAGGCCGCCAACAAGGCGCGCGCCAGCGGUGUCAGCACUCCCGUCGAGGCUGAGCUGACGAGCGGCGGCCCGCGUGGUGCCAAGAAGCGCGUGCAGGCUGAGAACGGCAAGGUGCUGAUUGUCGACUCUGUCGGCAAUGUCUUCCUCGAGGAGACGACUGAGGACGGCGAGACGCACGAGUUCCUCCUCGACCCCGCCGAGAUCCCCAAGCCUUCCCUGAGCGACACUGCCGUCAUCCGCGUGCCCGUCUGGCUCUACAAGCGCAGCAUUGGCCGCGUCUUUGGGCCCUCGUCGCACGACUUGGCCAUGGAAGCUGCCGCCGAAAAUGACGAGCUUGAGAUCGACAUUGGGAGCGACGGCACGAACGGCGAUGCUAAGGAGGCCGACGCCGCAAUUAGGCUGGGCACGGCGCAGAACGCCAACGCCGAGGCUCGCAAGCGCAAGAUCAAGCGCUCGAAAUGA